AUGGCGGACGAUAUCUCACAACAAACCGAUCGGAUAGAGGUUGAGGCUGAAAAGGAACGUAUCGAGAAUGUCGAGCACGUUGCCUCACCCAAGGGUGCCCUAGGUGGCUUCCAAAUUGACCCAGCUCGUCGUAUCGUCGUCGAGAAGGCAUUGAAGCGAAAGCUAGAUGCCCGCUGCAGUCUGUUUGUUUUCAUCUACAUCAUGAACUACCUCGACCGCAACAAUAUGGCUGCUGCCCGUCUGAAGGGUCUGCAGGAAGAUCUCGCCCUCACAAACACACAAUACUCAACCUGUUUGAGUAUCUUGUACGUCGGCUACAUUAUCAUGCAAGUGCCUUCCAACAUGUUCAUCAACCGCAUCUCGCGCCCUUCCAUCUACAUCUCCAUCGCCAUGUUGCUGUGGGGUGUGAUCUCCACCUUAUCCGGCAACACCAAGAACUUCGGUGAUAUGGUGGCUGUUCGUUUCCUGCUUGGUUUCGUCGAAGCUGCCUUCCUCCCCGGUGCCCUCCUCAUCCUCUCCAAGUGGUACACCCGCCGCGAAUUGACUACUCGCAACGCUGUUUUAUUCUGUGGAAACCUGAUCUCCAAUGCGUUCUCCGCACUCGUUGGUGCUGGUGUCCUGUCCAACAUGCAGGGCGUCCUCGGCCAUGCUGCUUGGCGCUGGCUGUUCUGGAUCGAAGGCUCGGUGACCAUGUUCCUCGCCAUUCUGGCUGCUUUCAUCCUGCCCGAUCUCCCCCACAACGCCCGUGGCUUCACCGAGGAGGAGCGCCAGGUUGCUCAGCUGCGCAUGCUUGAGGAUGUCGGCGAGGCUGACACUGACGGAGAUGAACUUACUGCUGUCGAUGGUCUGAUGAUGGCCCUCAAGGAUAUGAAGAUCUACGUUAUGAUGUUCACGUUCGUCGCCUAUGUUGUGGGAUUAUCCUUCAAUGCUUUCUUCCCUACUCUUACCGGUACUCUUGGCUUCAGCUAUGUCCCCACUUUGCUCAUGAGCGCUCCCCCAUGGGUGUUCUCCUGCAUUGUCUCCGUCAUCAACGCGUGGCACUCCGAUAAGACCCAAGAAAAGGUCUGGCACAUCUUCGGUCCCAUCAUCAUGGGUGCCAUCGGUUUCAUCAUUUGCAUGGCAACCAGCAACGUGGCUGCUCGCUAUGUCGCUCUCUUCCUGCAGGCUGGCUCCUACGCAGGAUUCAUCGUCUUCUACUCGUGGAUCAGUUCGUCUUUCCCACGUCCUCCCGCCAAGCGUGCCGUUGCUAUCGCCAUGAUCAACGCCUUCAGUCAGCUUGGUAACGUCGCUGGCUCGUACGUGUGGGAUCUCGAGGACAACGGAUAUCGCUCCAGCUACGGUAUCGUUCUGGCUAUGUUCGGUGUCACCAUUGUCGGCUGCUGGUAUUUCCGAUCCAUGCUGCGCGGCUUGAACAAGCAGCUUGAGCAGGGUGAGCUUGCUGAUGUCACUGGUGACCAAUCCAACGAGAACGAUAUCAUGGAAAGCAACGAUGAGUCGCUGCGCAUGCGCAAGGGCUUCAGAUAUCUUGUUUAG